AAAUUCGAGCCCUAAUCCAAACAACGGCACUCUCAGUCAGGAGCAGGCGCAAGAAAGAUGUCGCACUUCGGCAAAUCGGGUCCGCCGGAUAUCAAAGACACUUACUCCCUCCUCGUCCUCAACAUUGCUUUCCGCACCAUCGCAACGACCUCUUUCCUCUCUUCGAUAGGUACGGAAAGGUCGUCGACGUCUUCAUCCCUCGGGACCGAAGGACUGGAGAAUCGAGGGGGUCUGCUUUUGUACGGUAUAAGUACCAAGAUGAAGCACAGAAGGCGGUGGACAAGCUUGAUUGUUAUUAUUAUUAUUUUUUUCAUGACUCCUAAAUUAGUCCUUUAUUUUUUUUUUUUUCCGAAUUUUGUUUGAUUUUACUGAUUGAGUUGGAUUUGUUUUUUCGUGCCUUUUUAGGGAGAGUUGUGGAUGGAAGAGAGAUUAUGGUUCAGUUUGCCAAGUAUGGGCCUAAUGCAGAACAAAUUCAUAGGGGGAGAAUAGUAGAAACAUCUUCAAAUGGAAGAAGAAGGUCAAGGAGCUGAAGUCCUUGUCGAAGGUAUCAUGAUGAAUAUAGGGACAGGGAGAAUAGGAGGAGAAAUUGUAGUAGAAUGAAGGGAUAAAUAUGAUUGUGACAGGUACCAGGGCAGGGAAAGGGAUGAUCAUCAUUGAAGCAUGAGCCGGAGCAUCAAUCCUGAUCACCAGUCAUUGUGGGAGGAAUAAUCAGAGGGCCCGGUCUAAUGGAAGCCCGAACUCUAGGAGCCAAUCUCCUUGCAGGACACAUCAUGGAUUUGAGAAUCCUGAUGAACACAAUGGUAACGAUGAUUCUCCUGGACCAAGAAGUGUUUCACCAUGUGGCUGGCGUGCCGAUUCUCAAAGCAUGUCUCCUCAUAGGUCCUAUAGUGAUGAAUGAUGGCAAAAUGCCAUGUCCUUAACGCAUCACAUCCGAGUGAGUUGGACUUAACUGGUUCUGUAAUGCAGAAGAAAUAUUGAAGUAAUGCUUACUAUCAGCAAAAUAUUGAGUUAUAGAGUUGGCUGCAAGUAGUGUUUAUUGAGGUUUAAGUUUCUUUGUUGAAGUUUCUUUGCUAAAAAUGUAUCACUUCUAUUCUUUAUCAGUUGAUAUUUUCUGCUUUAUGCUUGUUACUUGAGAAACAAAUUGCGUUGUUGAUGUAUUUUUGUGACAAGCUUGCAUGUAUUUAUUCAAGAUCUUUGCUCUGUACUCUUUUUUAGGCUCUUGAAUAAAUUUCAUUGUUUUAU